CUGAUUGGACAGGAAUGGGCGCCCCUCGAUGGCGUAGGGGGCUGGCGAGUGACUGACUGGACGGAAGCAAUGGCGUCGGCCUUUGGGGCUAGUGGUCCGGGAGUGUAAGUGGUUUCAGGGAGUGGGAAGUAAGAGACCGGGGCCAGCAGCCGGGACAGCGGGGGAUCGAAGUCCCCGGGAGUUUCCUCAUGAGUUUCCUGAUUGAUUCCAGCAUCGUGGUCACUUCCCAGGUGCUCUUCUUUGGCUUUGGAUGGUUGUUCUUCAUGAGACAACUUUUCAAGGACUAUGAGGUGCGCCAGUAUGUGGUACAAGUGAUCUUCUCUGUGACCUUUGCCUUCUCCUGUACUAUGUUUGAGCUCAUCAUCUUCGAAAUCUUGGGAGUGCUGAAUAGCAGUUCCCGUUAUUUUCACUGGAAAAUGAAUCUAUGUGUAAUUCUGCUGAUCCUUGUCUUCAUGGUGCCUUUCUACAUUGGUUAUUUUAUUGUGAGCAACAUCCGACUCUUACACAGACAACGAGUACUUUUUUCCUGUGGAUUAUGGUUGACCUUCAUGUACUUCUUCUGGAAAUUAGGAGAUCCAUUUCCCAUUCUCAGCCCAAAACAUGGGUAUAUUCCCAACAAUGGAAUUGAGUCAAAGGGGAUCUUGUCCAUAGAACAACUCAUCAGUCGGGUGGGUGUGAUUGGGGUCACCCUCAUGGCCCUGCUAUCUGGAUUUGGGGCUGUCAACUGCCCAUACACCUACAUGUCCUACUUCCUCAGGAAUGUGACAGACACAGAUAUUUUAGCUCUUGAACGCCGACUGCUUCAAACUAUGGACAUGAUCAUCAGCAAAAAGAAAAGGAUAGCUACUGCCCGAAGAAACAUGUUCCAAAGAGGAGAUGUGAACAACAAACCAUCAGGCUUCUGGGGAAUGAUUAAGAGUGUUACCACUUCAGCCCCAGGAAGCGAAAAUCUUACUCUCAUUCAGCAGGAAGUAGAUGCUUUGGAAGAGCUAAGUAGGCAGCUCUUUCUGGAAACAGUUGAUCUCUAUGCUACAAAGGAGAGAAUAGAAUAUUCUAAAACUUUCAAAGGAAGAUAUUUUAAUGUUCUAGGUUACUUUUUCUCCGUUUACUGUGUUUGGAAAAUUUUCAUGGCAACAAUCAACAUUGUGUUUGACCGAGUUGGGAAGACUGAUCCUGUUACAAGAGGCAUCGAGAUCACAGUGAACUAUCUGGGAAUCCAGUUUGAUGUGAAAUUCUGGUCCCAGCACAUUUCCUUUAUCCUUGUUGGAAUUAUAAUUGUCACAUCUAUCAGAGGAUUACUGAUCACUCUCACCAAGAUUGAGGAGACUAAGGCUGAAGGAGGGUAAGUGAUGUGGCCAAGGUCAGAGAGCUGGCAAGUGUCUGAGGCAAGAUUUGAACUAAGGAUGGUCUUCCUGGCUCCAAGUCCAACCUCCUAUCCAUCACUGCCUAAUAACUAUUAUUAUAUCUAUAUCAUAAGCCAUGUCCCUAAAAAUCAAAUCGAAUUAUCUGGUGUUCUUUGCUAACUCUUCACUUCCCAUAGCAUCCUCUCUCUUGUAAAAUUCCUACCUUCAAUUGGCUACUGUGCUGAAAACACCAACCGUGUCCCUAAAUCCUUUAGGUUCCUCACCAGUUCAUAAUCUCAAGAGACAUCUUCUUCUAGGUUCCUCCUUAACAUGGUCACUCUCAUAUCAAUCCCUAGAAAUGGGUAGUGGUUUCAGGUUGGGCAAGUCUCAGGAGGCUCUCAGUCAUGUUCUACAUGUGUUCCCCUGGAAGGUAGCAUUCCACUGACUGACCAUCUGGAGAACCCAUAGAUGUUUCCAUAGCCCUCAGCAAGGAGAUGCUUACUAAGUUUGUUCUCGAAAAAAAGAUAUAUAAAAAAAAACAUGGGCCUCAACCCUUUUUCUUUUUUUUCUUUUUUUUUAGCAAAUCUGGGAAGACAAUGAGUGUGGAAGUCUACAUAUCAUGUCGGGGAGUGGGGGGGUUGUUAUGUUGAUUAGUGUAGCUGAACUGUUUUCUCAUUUUUUCUUUUUUAAUAAGGAAUUGCUUUCAGAGACAAGAGAGGGAUACAGUGGGAAAUAAGUGAAGUAAAAGUAAAAGGCAUCAAUAAGUACUUAUUUUUAAAAUAAAUAAAAGAAUUUAAAAGAG